CAAAACUUAAUAGAUAAGCUGCCUAGAUUCUCGGGGAGGAAUCCUGAUCCGGUUUUCAACAGCACCGCCCCCUGACAACCUCCAAUUGGGCAAAGAGACCGGCGAGAUAUCUCACGUGGCGAGCUGAUCUAACAUGACGAGCCAAUCCGCGAAGGGAAGCUGGUCAACAGGCAGGAAGUCCCGCCCGUUUUUUGAAAUGGUUCCGCCCAUCUUCCUGUAGACUGAGUAGUCCUCUGCAAAAGUGGCGUGUCUUGGUGGAGAGAACCCAACGGGGAAAACAAUAGAGGAUCCAACUAGGUAUUUUGUGCGUGGUCGGUGCUCCUGGAAGAGCGAUCUUUUGAUGCACUUUAGAAUAAAAUGUUCACUUGCUUUCAAUGGCCCAUAUCACUAUAAACCAAUAUUUGCAGCAGGUUUUGGAAGCCAUUGACAACAGAGAGGGAUCAUUUUGUGCAGAAUUAGUGUCAUUUAAACAUCCUCAUGUUGCCAAUCCAAGACUUCAGCUUUCAUCACCAGAAGAAAAAUGUCAACAAGUUUUGGAGCCACCUUAUGAUGAAAUGUUUGCUGCCCACUUAAGAUGUACAUACGCAGUUUCCAACCAUGACUUUGUAGAAGCUUACAAAUGCCAGACUGUUAUAGUUCAAUCUUUCUUGAGAGCGUUUCAAGCGCACAAAGAAGACAACUGGGCUUUGCCUAUUAUGUAUGCAGUAGCUCUUGAUCUUCGAAUAUUUGCUAAUAACGCUGACCAACAGCUGACAAAGAAAGGCAAAGGCAAAGUUGGUGACAUGUUGGAAAAAGCAGCAGAACUCCUGAUGAGCUGUUUUAGAGUCUGUGCCAGUGACACUCGUGCCAGCAUUGAUGACUCCAAAAAAUGGGGCAUGUUGUUUCUGGUGAAUCAGCUAUUUAAAAUCUAUUUUAAGAUCAACAAGCUUCAUCUGUGCAAACCGCUGAUAAGAGCAAUCGAUAGCUCAAAUCUCAAAGAUGAAUACAGUAUGGCACAGAGGGUAACGUAUAGAUAUUACGUUGGACGGAAGGCCAUGUUUGAUAGCGAUUUUAAGCAAGCUGAAGAAUAUCUCUCUUUUGCCUUUGAGCACUGUCACCGUUCAAGCCAGAAAAAUAAAAGGAUGAUUUUGAUUUAUUUGCUCCCGGUGAAAAUGUUAUUGGGACAAAUGCCAAUGAUCCAGCUUUUAAAGAAAUAUGAUCUCAUGCAGUUUGCAGAAGUAACAAAAGCUGUCAGCGAAGGCAACCUUCUUUUAUUGAACGAUGCUCUGGCAAAACAUGAGACGUUCUUCAUCCGCUGCGGCAUCUUCCUUAUUCUUGAGAAAUUGAAGAUCAUCACCUACAGGAAUCUCUUCAAGAAAGUGUAUCUGUUACUCAAAACUCACCAGCUUUCUCUAGAUGCCUUUCUCGUUGCUCUGAAAUUCAUGCAAGUCAAUGAUGUUGAUAUUGAUGAAGUCCAGUGCAUUCUAGCUAACCUCAUAUACAUGGGGCACAUUAAGGGUUAUAUAUCACACCAGCAUCAGAAGCUUGUCGUCAGCAAGCAGAACCCAUUCCCUCCACUCUCAACUAUCUGUUGAGUCUACUGUGAUCCAGAUGGAGAAGAACUGUUCCUGAUCUUGGUUUGCCUUUGCUUGGAGUAGCUCUUUUUGAUGGUUGGAACUGGCUGGUUGGAACUGGCAUUAGCCUAAAUCGGUCGGAAUGUGCAGUACGAUUCUCAGCACCUCUUUACAGAACAGUGCAUAACUGAAUUUAAAGCAGGGGUGUCCAACUCUGGCGCUACAGAUGUUCAUGGACUACAGUUCCCAUCAGCCCCUGCUGGCAUCGCCAUGUCAGCAGGAGCUGAUAGGAAUUGUAGUCCAUGAACAUCUGAAGCGCCAGAGUUGGACACCACUGAUUUAAAGUGACACCUUCUCUUGAUUCUCUUUUGUUGACUGUCACUGAGAUGCGUUCUUUAGUGUAAUUUACAAUCCUUGUAUAUUUAUACUACUCAGUGGAUCCAAUGGCAACAACUAUAUAAUGGCACAAAAAUGCAUUAUCUUGAGGAACAAAUACUUAAACUUUAUGCACAGGGAAAAAAGUAAUAGUUAAGGCAAUCCACCCAAAAACUUUCUUUUUUCAGUUCAGCUAUUUGAAAAAAAUCCUUAGGUUUUUAGCUUCAUGUUUAAUUUUCUGUAUAGAACCCAAGAACCAGUUUGGGACUUCUGUUCAGCAUCUGUUGAGAUUACCUGUUGCAGGGCUUUGAUUUUACAAAAUACAAGCAGUCUUGGAUUUAAGCAGUAGUUGCCAUUGGGUAGCUGAGCUCCUUAGUCUUCCCAUGAGACACAAACUAAGUUACACAAAUAAACAUUUUUUCCCUUUCCAUUCAUUACUCUUCGGUUCUUCUUUCAGCGACAAUAUUUUUUCAUGCAUUUGAUAGUAUAAGGUUUAGCACCCAGUCUUAUGUGCCUGUGUGGUGCAAUUUCACUGGAAGAGAAGGGCAUUUCUCUUAUAUUUUGUGGAAUUGAGCUUAGCGCUCUGUAAAUAAAGCUCCACUUUAUGUACAAAAGCUAGUGAAGAGUUCUGUUAACCAAGAAUGAAUAUAAAGAACUGAACAUAUUUUAUUUUAUUUGAUGAGUAUAUACAUAUUUUCAACAGCAAUCUGUAUAAAUACUGAACCUUGCCGAUGUAUGUAUUUCUUUGUUGCUGUAUUUGAUUACUCCAUUAUCUGUUUGAACCACAUCAUGUAUCUUGAAAUCUUGGUGAAUACAAACAGAUUCCACUUA